AAAGAUUUCCUGUGACAGUUUUUUGUCCGUUUUCAGCCUCGAGCUUCAGCUCUAUCAGAUCGCAUGAACGAAGUGCUAACUCUUUCAACAUGGCUGCUGUUGACGUAAAGAGUCAACUUUAUCCCACACACUUCCAAAAUGUGAUUACAACACUCUCAGACACCAGACAAGUUAACAUACUCUACAAAGCCCGAAAAUCUUGUCUGAUCGUGACAGUUUCAAGAUGUUGAAUCCGGGUUGGCAGCUGAACUUCAGGGCACCAUGGUCAAUGUGACGCCCAGUAUAGACCCAGCGGUGGCCCACGAGAGGUACAACUACCUCGCGUUGAUAUGUGGCGUGCCUCUCAUCCUCAUCAUCAUCUUGGGGAACGUCCUAGUGUGUCUCAGUGUGUUGACCGAACGCUCUCUUAAAACCGCAACUAACUACUUCAUCGUCAGUUUGGCCGUGGCCGACCUUCUUUUGGCUGUGCUGGUCCUCCCGCUCUACGUCUACUCUGAGUUCCUGGGAGGCAUGUGGACCCUGAGUAUGUACAUCUGUGAUGCCCUAAUGACUAUGGACGUGAUGCUCUGCACUGCCUCCAUUUUGAAUCUAUGUGCAAUUAGUGUGGACAGGUACAUUGCAGUAGUGGUCCCUCUGAAAUACAACAGGAACCAGUUUAGUGUUCGUCAGCUAGUCUUGAUCACAGCCACCUGGGUGCUUUCCCUAGGCGUAGCCAGUCCUGUCAUAUUCGGCUUAAACCAGGUGCCCAACAGGGACCCUCAUGUGUGUAAGCUGGAGGACAACCAGUUUGUGGUCUAUUCCUCCAUCUGCUCUUUCUUUGUCCCCUGCCCUGUCAUGCUCCUCCUGUACUACUGGAUGUUCAGGGGACUAAAGCGAUGGAGCUCUGGCCGUAGAAGGUCGCACCUCCACCGCCCAUCCAGAGGCCGUAGAAGCCUGUCUUUGCGCCUAGGAGCAGCUCUACAGAAGGAGAAGGGACGGGCGAGGGAGAAGGUGGUGUACCUCAUGCCUGCAGGUCUGAGUCCGACAUCUCUCACCACUACCCCGACGACUCCAAUCUCCCCAGCCAGCCCGGUUACUCUUACCACAGAUGAGCAGGCAGAAGGUCAGACGCCGGCAGCAGAGAGUGACCCCAUGACCACCCAGAUGGACAGUGUUUCGGACGCAGAGAACCCUGAGCGUGCCACCGAGGAUGAGAGCGGAUGGGAGAAUGGUGUAGGGAAGAACCAUCGCCGUCAUACGGGACGCCGCCACAGCAAGAGCAACAGGGUGAGCGGACGAGAGCGGAAGGCAAUGAAGGUGCUGCCCGUGGUUGUGGGUGUGUUUCUGGCUUGCUGGACUCCUUUCUUCGUGGUCCAUGUGACUAAGGCGCUGUGCGAGUCAUGUGACAUCGGGCCGACGCUGAUCAGUGUGGUCACAUGGCUUGGUUACGUGAACAGCGCCGUCAACCCCAUCAUCUACACUGCCUUCAAUGUGGAGUUCAGGAACGUCUUUCACAAACUGCUCUGCUGUCGCUCCUGAGGCCGAACGCUCUUUAGCACAAGCCUAAAUUCAAGAUGAAUCAUUAAAUAAUUCAAACAACAAUGAUUAAAAAAAAAAAAAACACCUAGAUGAUCCGUGUAAACAGUGGUCUCCAAGCAAAGGAAUGCUUUAAGAAAACUGAACAUUACAAAACAAUGGAUUACCGAAAAGACUGAAUGCGCAGUGGAAUGUACCAUUGAGGAAAACUUCUGAUGCCUUAGUUAACCGAACAUUUUCUUGUAAAAAUUAUUGCUUGAACACUACAGUAGAUAACAGAAUACUGUUGAUUUCAUAGC